AUGUAUCUGCCGUCGGAAGGUCGGGAGGAUAUCGUGGCGAAAGUCUGUGAAUCUGGUUCGAAGACGUUGGCGAGUGUGCGGGAGGAUAAAGCGGAGGUAGUUAAGGGUGGUACGGAGUCGGAGGAGGGAGCGAGGUGGCGGACGGGUAGAAGGUGGGCGAGCCAGCACGCGGAAAAACUACGGAGUAUAUGGAACUGA